AUGACGGAUAUUGAAUCGGAAGUCGACUACGGAGAUGCUGACAAGUACAUCAACGACGAGUCUAUCGAGAUGGCGUGGGCCAUCAAAGCUGGAGAGCGCUCCGAAGUGCACAUGAAUCUCAUAAUGCGUUGUGACACAAAGAUUCUGCGGCUCAACAAACAUCAAGACCAGAUUUUGACCGCAUUCCGCAAAGAGUUCCCUGACUUGAACGUUGAAGAAGUCACCCCCUCCGAUUUGAAAGACAAUGGUGCCAAAGAGAAAUGGAGGGUUUUUUGUGAGCAGUUCAAAGAGGUUUUUUUUUGAAAUUUGUAUCCUCUUGUUACCACAAAAUAAAAAUUUGCAGACUGUGGACGACUAUUCAAUGGGAACACUGAUGAGAAUACACGCUUCGAAGGCCUACAGUCCUGAUAAUACGGUUGUCGUCCCAAGAGUGAGUUUGGGCGAGCGAAAAAACUCCACAGGUGAUUCGUGGUGGGUCUAUUGAGAACUCAGAGCGAGUUCUUCAAUAGACGCAUGAUGGACCGAUCACGAAAAUUUCAUGUUUAGUGGACCUAUCGCGAGAACUUUUCAGGGUAAAUAGGCCUAUGAUAUAUAUUUAUCAUAUGCGAAUUCGAAAAUUUUCGCGAUAGACGUAUUGUAGGCAAUUUUUCUUCGCGAUUGGUUCAUGAUAGGCAUAUCAUUGGCCUACGUUCUCAAUUGACCUAUCGCGAAUCACCUGUGUCGUUGCAGUAAUUGUCGUUCAGAUAAUCUAUUUGGCUGUCGAGAUGGCUCGCAACGUGGAGGGAAUCAACGAGAGAAACAAGGGUGCUUACAUCGCUCAUCGUGAAACUCUUCAAUCUCUCUGA